AUGUCUUCAAACACUCCCCGCGACAUCUCAGCACCACCAGCUGCUGGCCAGCACAUAUUACAUGAUGGGAAGGAGUAUACCACAGUCAAGGAAGGUCUGGCGCACAUCCUGAUCCCUGCCUCGGCCUCUGCGACUCCUCAAACUACCCCGCGGGGAGACAAUCAACCUCAAUCGGUUUUCUAUAACCCCAUUCAACAAUUCAAUCGAGAUUUGAGUGUAUUGGCAAUAAAGGCAUAUGGAGAGGAGGUCAUGGAGAGGAAGAGGAAAAGCAAGGCAAAUUCCAGGCAGAAGCUUGCUGCGAAAAACAGGGAAAAGAAAAGGAAGCGGGAAGAGGACGAAGGUGACGGACUUUCGAGGAAGUCCGGAAGGAUUGAGGAGUCGGCUGGAGAUUCGGCCACGGACAAUACAGCGUCGGCCGAUGGCGAUGUUCAACCUGGAAGCACCAAGCUGCCUGAGGAGAGACAGCUUGCGACAGAGCAAGCGCAGAGCGCAGCAGUAGACCCGGGUCAUGACGAAGGCAAGCCACGCCCUGAACCGAAAUCAGCGGAACCAACAUUCACAAUCCUCGAUGCCCUUUCAGCCACUGGGUUACGCGCUCUGCGAUAUGCCCACGAAAUCCCCUUCACAACCUCGGUCACUGCGAAUGACCUCUUACCUGCAGCCACGAAGGCAAUUGAGCUGAAUGUCAAACACAACAAGCUUGAGAACAAGAUCAAGCCAAAUACGGGCAAUGCCCUGUCACACAUGUACGACCUAGCGGGUGACAGCUGCAGGGAUGACAAAGGGAGACCUAUUCCUAACAAGAAAUACGAUGUUAUUGACCUUGAUCCUUAUGGAACCGCCGCUCCAUUCCUUGAUGCUGCUGUGCAGGCUGUUCAGGAUAAUGGAGGACUUCUGUGCGUUACAUGCACGGAUGCAGGCGUCUGGGCAUCAAACGGUUACCCCGAGAAAUCCUUCUCCCUGUACGGAGGAAUUCCUAUAAAAGGGAUGCACUCACAUGAGGGUGGCCUCCGCCUAAUUCUACAUGCUAUUGCCACCUCAGCUGCACGAUAUGGUCUAGCGAUGGAACCCCUUCUCUCCCUCUCGAUUGAUUUCUAUGCACGGGUCUUCGUCCGAAUCCACAAAUCUGCGGCAGAUGUUAAAUUUCUUGCAGGAAAGACAAUGGUUGUAUACAAUUGCGAUACAGGUUGUGGGGCGUGGACGACGCAGCUUAUGGCGAAGAACAAACUGGCCCAAAACAAGAAUGGAAACGGACAUUUUUGGAAACACAGCUUCGCAUUGGCACCUUCUACGAGCGAAACUUGUUCCCAUUGCGGAAUGAAGACUCACAUGGCCGGGCCCAUGUAUGCCGGGCCUUUGCACUCUCCCGAGUUUAUAAAGAAGAUCCUCGAUGGUUUACCGAGCCUAUCCAGAGAUACUUAUCAGACCAUCGAUCGCAUCGAAGGCAUGCUUACCGUUGCAUUGGAAGAGUCACUCCCGCCUCUCGAGGAUGAUUCGCAUUCCCCGACUUCUACGAAGAAGACAAACCGCUACGACCCUGCCGCGGUUGAUUUAUACCCAUUCUUCUUCAUUCCGUCCGUUCUUGCAAAGGUCAUCCAUUGCGUCACACCACAUGAAAAUGCCCUGAGAGGUGCUUUGAGGCAUCUGGGAUAUAGAGUCACGCGAAGCCAUACAAAGCCUGGAAGCAUAAAGACAGAUGCACCAUGGGAGGUUAUUUGGGAGGUUAUGAGGGAAUGGGCAAGACAAAAGGCACCAGUCAAAGAAGGUGCUAUCAGAAAGGAUACUGCCGGAUGGACCAUUAUGGGUUUUGGCAAGGAAGGGGGUCACGAAAAUAAUGGGACGACUGACCAAGCAAAUGCUGGGAAGGACGAAAAACAGAAGCUCGAGGUUGUAUUCGAUGAGAAGUUGGGAAGGGAAAAAGACGCAAAGAAGCUGGUGAGAUAUCAAGUGAACCCGAGAGAGAAUUGGGGCCCGAUGAAUCGUGCAACUGGUGCUUAG